UGGAUCCUGUGAGAAGUGCCUGGCAGCACAAGUUUCUUCCUUUGCACUGCCUUCUCUUGAGUGUUUGCCUCGUCCAUUUCCUAGACCGAUAAGACAAGUACAAUCAUUACCCGCAUGCCCGACUCUGCAUUGAGCGUGAUAUCUACAGAUGCAAGUCAGCGAGGAUGCCAUACAAGAUCCGCACCACCGCAGCGCGGCAGUAUCCAUAACCAGACGAGAGCGAGCCCUGGCGGCGCAAGAGAAAAGACGAAAAGAGCAACACGAGCCGAUGAAGCCGGCACAGACUCUGCUCUUGACCGUUGCGGGUGCAGGCAUCACUUCGGCAGCGGCGGCGCAAUCCCUAACAUCUCAGACAGCAACAGCAGCACUCGGGCCUGGCUACUUAUGUCGGGAGACAAAUCUCGCAAACAUACCAUCCUCACCACAGCUCAUAAGAUGAUAAGAAGGCCCCGCCAAAUCGAGACAUCCGUACGAAUCGUGACCCUAAGCCCAGUAAACAGGCCCACGAGCACCACCACCUUCCGGCCCCAAACCUCGGAAUCCCCGCAAGAAGACGGCGGCGACAACAGCAGCAGCGGAACGAUCCGCACCACGAGACGAAGCAGCAGCAGCAGCAGUGCCAUCACAAUCACCUUAACUGCCCGUCCUGCAACCACCACCACCUCUUCCAUUUCCUCCGCCUCAUCUUCCCUCUCCUUCUCCUCCUCUUCAACCACUUCAACCACGCAACCGCCAUUCUCCACCAGCAGCAGCACUUCAAGUCCCCCAACCCUACCCUCCUCGUGUUCCACCUCUACAUCCUCAUCCUCGUCAGAAAGCACCAUCACCCAACAGAGCGCAGCAAACGGUGACGGGAGCGGAGGCGGAGGCGGCGCCCUCUCAGCGGGUGCGGCGGCAGGCGCCACGGCAGGCGCGGUAUGCGGGCUGUUGUUGCUGGCGGGGGCGGCAUUUCUGCUCUGGCGGUGGCGGCGGCGGCGCCAGGGCGGGGUUCGUGGGGCUGAGAUGGUGACGGCGGGUUACUCCCAACCACCGCGGGGGUCUAGCGGUGUGAUGACAGGUGGGAGGGCAGGUGCAACCAUGUUUGGGGACGGGAAUGCUGGAGCUGGGUUUCAAGCAGGGAAUGGCGGGAUGGGUAGCGGUAGCGCUGAAAUUGGUGAGGAAGGGGGAGGGGGAACAGUACUGUUGCCUGGAUGGCAUGCGGACCACGGAGAGCAUGGCGGUGCGGGGCCAUAUGCCGAUGCCGGGCAACAAUGGCAAUGGCCGAGCCCAAGCCCGAGCUGGAACAUGGAUCUCCAGUCGGCGACCGGCUACGUGCUCCUCCCAGCCCCCGUUCCCGUACCCGUCGCCGGGCAAGGGCCGGGAGGGUACCCGUCUCCUGCACCACCGCAACCACAACCGCAACCACAACCGCAGCGACCAACGGAGACCUAUUCCGUUUCGCCGCUGAGCGAGACCUUCCCGGUGGCCAGUUCAAGCGAUUACCGCGUGUCGUCAUUGUAUUACCCGGACGCGACCGAGAUGGCGACGGCGGCGAGCGUGGUCUCGACUAUGCCAAGUCCUGAUCUCCCUGAGUUCAUGAUACCCGGAGGUGACAGAUCGAGGGCGGCGAAUGUCUGUCGCGUGUCGCAGAUCGGAGGAAGGACAGCGAGGCACACCAUGUUGCGAGCCAGUGGUAUCCAGCCGCAGGUCGGUGACAUCGAGCGCGGCCGCAAGAGAGAGGUGAAGAGAGGCUGCGUCUAGGACUUCAAGCGAUUUAACGACCCCCGGGUGGUAGAUGGGUUAGAAUCGCUGGUGAAUGGAUGGUCCUAUCCGGAGAUCGC